AUGUUAGGCAAAAAAUAAAAACUUUAAAUAUUUUUUUAAUAGAAAAAAGGUAGUAAAAACUAAAAAAGUUUAGCAGAUAUUCAAAACAUGCUCUAAAAUUAGCAAAAAAUGAUCGAAACAAUAGAUAAAAAGCUUGAUAAACUUGAUAAACUUGAUCAACUUGAUAAACUUGAUAAACUUGAUAUUAUUGAUACUCUUUUAGUUUAGCAAACAGAAACUAAUAAAAAGCUCGAUAAAUUGAUCGAAAUAUUGUCAAAUGUACAUCAAAGAUAAGAGGAUCACAUUUAACAAAAUUGA